CAGUCACCGCCAUUAACAAGGGAAUAGAAACACCCAAUUCCAUUUUCAAAAAUUCAAAUAACGAAUCCGUUUUCUUUUUUUUGUGAAGUUUUAAAAAAAGUCAAAAUUCUACCAAAAAGUCUUCUUGCUAUGAAGGAUGACAUCAAUUUCUCCAUACUACUUAUUAAGGAGAUCGAACUCAACCCGUGCUUGUACGACUUAUCGCACCCUAAUUACAAUGUCAACUGGCAAGAAAAAGAAGCGAUUUGGACACAAAUUGGAACGAAGCUGGGAGAGUCAGGAACCGAUUGCAAAAACAAAUGGAAAGUGAUAAGAACCAACUACAUUCGCAGCAUGAUCAUGAAAGCCAAAGGUGCCACCAACCACAAAAAAGACUACUACCUGUCCCCUCACUUGAGUUUUCUUAACCCUUUCGUCAAGCAAAAAUUCAUGCCCAACCCUAAUGAAGACUCCAUGGACUCUAUAAUUCUCGACGACAACGAAAACCAGCUUAAAGUGACGAACACGAACAUCCCACCGAUCGAACACAAUAACGGCAAAAGAAACAUCUCUGAAGUGCACAAAGAAGAUACGCAAAAUCUGAAAAAGGCGAAAAAAGAAUAUCAGUAUCCAGUUGACCACUUCAUUGUGAAGAGGGCAAAAGAUGAAUAUGAGGAUCAGAUGGCAAUACACAAGGAACCCAGUGAGAUGUACCUCUUGAGUCUCGCACCCCAUAUCAAAACCAUGACUCCUCGACAGCAGUUGAAAUUCCAAAUUGGCGUCGCUGAACUCAUAGACAACAUCAAAUACGGGGAUAUGACUUAAGAUGUUUUUCGAUUCGAAAAAAGAACUGUCAAAAUAGAUGU